UUAAACUCUCCUUUGAUUUUCUCUCUUAUUUUGUGUCUAUUUCUUCUUCUCAUACUACUUUAUUUUUAUUAGAAAAUGAUGAAAGAAAAUAUGAUGUUUGAACACGAACAUCCAUUUAGUCUUAUAGACUUGUGGUCGGAGCAACUGCGACGUGAAGAAGAGUCUGAAGAAGACGAGGAGGAGAACGAUGAUGUUUUAAUUGCAAACCAAGACUUUCAAUGUUUGUGUUCCAGAUGUGGGGAAGACAUCAAGUGGUAUCAUAGGUAUUACUACUCUUGUUGUCAUUGUAGUGAUUACUUUGUUCAUAAAUUUUGUGCAGAGCUUCCACAAAGAUUGGAAGACGUUUGUGAGGUUGGUCAUGCUCUUGACCUCACCCAAUCGGCAUCCCAUUUGAACUGGAAGGGCGGAUGGUCCCGGGAGUACGAUUGGAACUGUAAUAUUUGUGGUAGGUAUCAUAAGUCUGGAGAUUUGUGGUAUCGUUGUGAUCGUUGUUAUUUUCAAUUUGAUGUAAAUUGUGGUACGAAAAUGCUACAAAAAAAUGUCAUCCAUCAUCCUAGCCACAAACACCCACUAAUUUGCUUCCCAAAACAAAUUUUAGACAAGUGUGAUGCAUGUGGGAAGGAACAUAAGGGGAACUUCUAUCAUUGUUCCAUUUGUCUCUGCUCUAAAAUUAUUCAUAGUGAUUGUGCUUUUCUACCACAAAAGUUGCAAAUCCAAGAUACUACAAAUGAUGUCUUUUCCCAUAUCCAUCAUCUCACCCUUGCUUAUUCCUUUCCAUACGAUGAUCAAAUAUCUAAAAACUGGCCAGGGUGUAGGGUAUGUCGUAAUGGGUUUAGUGAUCAAUCAAAUCUUUGGAUUUAUAAAUGCGAGAAAUGCAGAUACUAUACCCAUCUAGAUUGCGCAACAUCAAGAAACGAGCCAUUCAUGACAAUCCUCAAGUCUCCAGGUACAGGCAGUAAAAACUACAACGAUGAUGAACAUCCUGAUCUUCUUCAUCUUCCGUUUCCAGAUCCAUCUUAUAGCAUACUAAAACACUUGUUUUCCAUGGAAAAAGGAUUAAGUACGUUAGAAAUUUCUAACAAAAUCACCUGCAAAGCACAAGGUAUUAUUCAUAAACACCCACUAAUUCUAGAGGAUAUCACAAUCCCCACCUCUUCUAGAAAAAAAUCAAUAUCCUAUCAUGACCCAAUGAAGAGGAUUCAACUUUUGUGCGACGGCUGUGUGAGACCAAUUACGAGUGGCCCAAUUUACGUGUGUGACAGUGAGGGGCAAUGCAACUUUGUGCUCCACGAGUGGUGCUCCCAGCUACCUGCUGAACUGAAAGACCACCCUGCUCAUCGACAACACACCCUGAUUCUCCAUUCAAAAGCCCCUCCUCGUAAGUUUUUUGGGGUGUUUAGGUGUGGUAUUUGCCGGUUACAUUGUAAUGGAUUUGCCUACUGUUGUAUGGAUUGCAACAACUGCAUCUUUGACGUUCACUGCGCCUUCUUACCAAAAGAAAUCACUCAUACUUCUCACCCAAAUCACCUCUUUUCUAGGGUUCAUCACGGAGCUUGGGAUAAUUGGUGUUGUAUUUGUCGGUGUUAUACGGAUAUGAAUUAUUUUUCUUGCCGUACUUGUAAUGAUUUUAGUCUACACGCCAAGUGUGCUUUGUUUAUACCGGAGACAACUUGGAACAAGUGUGACAAGCAUCCUAUGAAGCUGAGUUACUUUCCGAUUGAGAACCAUAAGAGUGACUAUUUUUGUGAAGUUUGCGAGCGAGAACUUAAUCCUGAGCGUCCAUUCUAUCACUGUCAUGAGUGUAUGCAGUCUAUGCAUACAACUUGUGCUCCCUCAAUACUUCAGUAUGAAACAUAUGACAUUGAUGACAAAGGCGUUUAUGAGUUUGUAAAUGUGAAGUUUGGGGGCAGAUAUGAGAAUAGUAAAGUGCAUCCACACCCCCUUUCUUUCGUUCAAGGGAUUCAAGACGAUGGUGAAUGUCACAAGUGUGGUUACAAGCUCCAAUUCAAAAUGAUCUUUAAGUGUUUAACUUGUGAGUUUGCAGUUGAUUAUGACUGUUGUAGUGAGACAUCUGAGUAAGUAACAUAUAUAAUUGUUGGUCCGUAUGUCUCAAAUACAGUAUGUGUUCUAUUUUGUAAUUCAUGUUUGUUUACGUUCAUUAUUUUGAUUUCCAACCCCUUCUGUUCCAUUGUGGUUAAAUCCGGAUUCUGUCAGGACCGAUGAAAAUAAACCCCUUCUGGCCUACAAUCCAAUAUGAAGAUGAAUUCUCAACCCCUGUUCCAUUAUUUUGAUGUCAGAUUACUACAAUUGUUCAGUGUUCUUGAUGAGUUCCAACCAUGGCCGGUGAUUUCAUUUUCAGCUACUUUAUCUGAUUAAUUUUGCAUAGAAAAGAUAAUAUGUAGCCAUAACUUAUUGGAUUUGAUGAUAAUACAUGGGUAGACAAUUUGAUUAUUGGCUGAACUGAACUAGUUUCCACC